GUCAAUGUUCCUAGAGAUUUGACUUUGAACACUCUGAAAACUGAAUAUAGAAUCAGUGACUUUCAAGGAUGUGGCUGUGAACUUCACCUGGGAGGAGUGGGGCUACUUGGACACUUUCCAGAAGGAGAUUUAUUGGGAGGUGAUGCUGGAGAACUACAGGAACCUGGUCAGCCUGGAUUGGAAUGCCAGGCCUCAGACCAAGGAGUCCUCUCCUGAGAUGGAUAUUUCAAUGGAGAACUUAUCCCAGCAAAAUUCCUUGUGGGAUGAUCCAUGCAUCUCCAAGUUGAGGAAAACCUGGGAGUGUUGUGGCAGGCUGAAGAAAGAGCAGAGCAAUAAGAGAAACAUUCUAGAGAAGGAAAAGUAAUACAAACAGAGCCUGCCAGUGGAGUCAGAGGCUCUGAAUACAGUAGAUACAGCCAAAUCUCUAGCCCAGAGCCACAAUGGGGAGUAUCUAUAGUUAUGUAUGUCCAUAAAGGUGAUAACCAGAGAAGGGGUUUCACCAUAGAGUCAGACCAAAGACAAUGUAAUCAAAUCUGUUCAAAAAAGAAAUAUUCUGAGGUUAUCAAAUAUCAGAAAGCUUUCAGUUAUGAUUUUGACCCCUUCAAAAAUAAGAAAUACAUGCUGAAGAGCAACCUUAUGAAAGUAGGAAUUCUUUCCUCCUGAAUAAUGAACUUAUUCUACACCAGGGAACUGAUCCAGGAAAAAAAUGUUAUGAAUUGACUAAAUGUGAGAAGAUAUUCUGUCAGAAGGCAGAUCUUAAUCACCACUCUAGUAUUCAGAGUAAAAACAAAUCUUAUGAAUGCAGUGAAUGUGGAAAGGCCUUCAAGUAUAAGAUGAAUCUUACACAACAGCACAGAAUUCAUACUGGAGAAAAACCUUUUGAAUGCAGUGACUGUGGAAAGGCCUUCUACCAGAAGACAGAUCUUAUUCGUCAUUGCAGGAUUCAUACUGCAGAAAAACCAUUUAAAUGCAAUGAUUGUGGGAAAGCCUUUCCCAGAUGUACAACACCAACUCUACAUCAAAAAACUCAUACUGGAGAGAAACCCUAUGAAUGCAAUGAAUGUGGGAAAACAUUACGAUCAAGUUCUAAUCUUACGCAGCACCAGAGUACUCAUACAGGAAUAAAACCUCAUCAGUGCAGUGUAUGUGGGAAGGCAUGUUCUCAAAAGUCUGAUCUUACUCAUCAUGGUAGUAUUCAUACUGGAGAGAAACCAUAUAAAUGCAGUGAAUGUGGAAAGAUCUUUCGCCAGAAGUCAGAUCUUAUGCAACACUUCAGGAUUCAUACUGGAGAGAAACCUUUCAAAUGUGGGAAAGCCUUUCCAUGUAUCACAACAUUGACUCGACAUAAGAGAACUCAUACUGAAGAGAAACCCUAUGAAUGCAAUGAAUGUGAAAAGGCCUUCACACAGAAUGCAGGUCUUUCAUUCCAUAGAAGAAUUCAUCCCAGAAAGAAGUCUUAGGAAAGUACAAAGACAUUCCCACUAGAUCAGAAUAUAGAAUUCAUGAUGAACAAAAAGUAACAUAUUAAU